CGAUAGCGAGCUAUCUGUGUUCGAGGAGUCGUGGUGACAGCUGAUUUGCGAAGUGGAAAAAUAUUAUUUAUUUUUUUUAAAUUAGUCUAUAGUUAAAGGCCAAAGAAAAAUGGGUGCCAAAUUUCCCUUCUCAAUGGAGAAUAUACCAAGACAGAAGCGUUUCGGAUGCUUCUCGCUGAAAAUUGGAUCAAUUUUUUCAGCGCUUGUUAUAAUAAUAUAUUCCGUGAUGGCUUUAGCACAAUGUCUGGCGAUACUAAACGUACUGCCAGCGAACCAAUCGCAAGAUGAGUCGGAGGUUAUCGCCUCGUAUGGUGUCAUCAUUCUCAUCACUGUCAUCCAUGUCAUCACGUUUGUCAUCACCUCCCUUAUGCUGGUUGGAGUUUUAAGGGAGAAAGCAAACUUGAUCCGACCCUGGCUGGUGUGGACAACUGUGCAAGUGAUGACGUCAGUCCUCAUGUUCGUCUUCUGGAGUACGCUGAAUGUUAUCAUGCACUCCGGAGACAGUUCCUUGAUACUUUACGUUGUUGAGUUUUUGGGACUCACACUUCGUUUUUACAUGUUGAUGUUAGUGGCCAGUUAUUACAAGAAGCUAGAAGAAGAUAACGACGAGACAGAAAGAUUACGGAACAUUAUCAACCAUGAGAUGUGGUAUAGUUCAGCGUGAAAUGAAGAUAUUAAGGCCGCUGUAGACGGAUUAUUUCAUUUGAUAGCAGUAUGAAAGUACAAUCGCGGGAAUCUGCGGUGUUCCACUUUAGAAAAAAUUGCUUUGUGCAAUGUGACAAACUUCACCUCCUACAAAUAAUUAUAUACCAGUGUGUUGCAAACGUACGUAUAAUAAAAAAGCUAACCGUGUAACUUUUAUUCGUAAAGACACGUUUUUAAGCUGGGUUCUAUUGAUUUUUGUUCCGCGUCUCUUUUUAAAAUUUCCGAACGAUUGUAGCUUUUAAGUUGGAAUACCGCCAGUUUCCCCAAUUGUACAGCCGUCUGUUUACAGGCGAGUAAAACUCGUGUGUGUCAAUUGCCUGUCUAUAAACUGUCCGUGUACAGUAGCCCUUAUACUCCUAAUGUGAUACAUUCUAUAGUCAAUCCAUGUUGUAUUAGAGUAAUUUUGUCCGUCUAUGUCUAUUUUUAUUUUUUUAAUCACUUUCCAUAUAAAUCCUAAAAAUAAAUAAAAUAAAGUUAUAAUUAA